AUGUGUUCUCUGUUGCAGGCAUCACUCAACAAGCUGAUGGAGACCCUUGGCCAAGCAGAACCCUAUUUUGUCAAGUGCAUUCGAUCCAACGCCGAAAAGCUACCCCUGAGGUUCAGUGACAGCCUGGUGCUCCGGCAGCUGCGGUACACAGGGAUGCUGGAGACCGUCCGCAUUCGCCAGUCAGGAUACAGCUGCAAGUACUCCUUUCAGGAUUUUGUGAACCAUUUCCAUGUCCUCCUGCCACAAGGAAUCAGCCCAUCUAAGCACAAUAUCCAUGAUUUCUUCCGGAAGAUAAAACUCGAUCCAGACAACUAUCAAGUUGGAAGAACAAUGGUUUUCGUGAAGGAACGGGAGCGGCAGCUGCUGCAGGACCUGCUGCACCAGGAGGUGCUGCGGCGGAUCACGCUGCUGCAGCGCUGGGUCCGCAGUAUGCUCUGCAGGAGGCAGUUCCUGAGCCUACGGCACGCUGCCAUCAGCAUCCAGAGAUUUUGGCGUAGCUACCAGAGCCGAAAACAAGGCCAACCCUCCCUGGACCCUCUGGUGCUCAACAAAGCUGCCAUUGUUCUCCAGACCCACUGGCGCGGCUUCGUGGAGAGGCGAAGGUUCCUGCAGAUGCAGUUUGCAGCCCAUCUCAUCCAGAGCUGCUGGCGGGAGCACGCCAAGCGGCGGCACGACGCAGCCACCAGCAUCCAGGCGACCUGGCGAGGGCACCGCGCCCGGCAGGCGUACGCUGCCCGCAGGAGCAAAGCUGUCUGCUUGCAAGCAGCAUGCCGGGGAUACCUGGCACGACAAAGGUUUAGAGCCUUGAAAGAGCAGCGAUUAAAAGAGCUGCAGCUGGAGAACGGCCUGUCGGGUAGAGAAGAGGAUGGACUGGAGGCAGAUGAUGUUUUGAAAAUUAAGGGCUCCGACCCGUCUAAGUGGGAGGACGGCUCGUUUGAAGAGCGAGUGAGAGCUAUAGAGCAGCAAAAAUCACUGAUGGAGAAUAACCGGGUGAAUCACGUGGACCCACUGGAUACAUCUCUGUACAAAAGGUACGAGAGAGCCAGUAGCCAGAGCGGGAUGGACACUGAAGAGGAGGUGGUUGUGAGAGAGAGACCCAAGUCACUGGAGGAUCUCAACCAGAAAAAAGUGGUUCGUGCAAAAAGAGAAAGUCGGAGGAUGCGUGAACUGGAACAGGCAAAAUUUAGCUUGGAGCUGCUGAAGGUGCGGUCCACGGGGGGGCUGUCACCUUCAGAAGAGCGGCGCUGGUCCACCGAGCUCGUGUCUGAGGCACUUCAUUCCCCUCAGGGAACCCCCGAGAGCGAGAGCUCUCAAGGGAGCUUUGAGUUGUUAAGCUGUGAAGAUACCCCAAGUAAUAAACUCGUCUCCUUAGCUUUAGAUGAGCACGAUGUGCAGUCACUUUCCACGGACUCCCUGCCUAGCAGUCCCCAGGCUCACCUGGAGGAGAAGACUUUCUGUGCAGCAGAUGUGAACAGCAAUUUACCUGGAUGUAGACAGAUGCCUUCAGACUUGGAGCUGCCUGAGAACCUCACCAUGAAGGAGCACAUGGUUGGUGACCCUCAGAAUGUUAUGCACAAGGUGCAUCCCAGAGAAACCUUCCUUUCCAGCAACUUACCUACUUUCUAUGUUCCGCCACAAGACAGCAUGAAGGUGAAACUGAUGGAGAAUAACCUGAGGAAUAAAGCAGUGGAAAGAGAGGAGAGGACAGUAACACUCUCUGAGGUCAGGAAGGACUCUGAACCAGACCAGGGCAAAGCUUUGGGAGAGGAGGAGGAGGAAAAGCCCUCUACUAAGAGAGAGGAACGUGGGACAGUGACAGCAGCACAGGCCCUUUCUCCAGACUCUGUCAUCAAGAGGCUGGAAAAGCUCAAUGUGGAGAAGGAGGAACGGCAGAAACAGCUUCAGCUGCAAAAUGAGAAGGAGAUGAUGGAGCAGAUCCGUCAGCAGAAGGAAAUUCUGGAAAGACAGCGCAAAGCCUUCGAGCAGCAAGGGAGGGUGGAGGCUUUGCAGAGGGCUGAGCAGAGCAGAAUGAAGGACCCCUCCCUCAAACCAACCAAAAAGACAGACAACAGGCCUCAGUCAGUCCUCAUCCUGAACUCCCAGAGCAGAGGGGAGCACAGCCCUACUCCAGGUGUGAGUCCAGUCUCAUCAGUGGACAUCAAGGGCCUCACUGUUGGGACCAGGGGAAGCUCUCCAGCCCACAGUGCCCCCAAGGACCGACCUGUCAGCAUGUUCAUAGAGCGAAGAGAAGGUCUGGAACCCCGAGGCCAUUCCAAACCAUCUCUGGACCCCAAGGACCACCCAGGCAGUCACUUCUCAAGGACAGAGCGUCUCCGGCAACCCUGGGUGCCCAACCAGGCCACUGAGGACAUGAGGUCAAGCCCUAUGUUCUUCACACCGAAAGACAAUCCCUUCGGCCUCCACAGAGAAGCAAAUCAUCAAUGCCUGUCCAAGGGUGAACUAGCAAAGAAGCCAUUUAAGAUUUCGGGGUCUGGCAGAGGAGAGGUUCCCAGACCGACCCAUAAAAAGAAAGCCCGCAUGGCGCGGACACGCUCCGAUUUCUUGACUAGAGGUACUUUUGCUGAUGGGGAGGGGGAUACGGAGGAAGAUGAUUACGAUGGCAAUUUUGAGUUCCUUCUCUCCUCUGACCAACCUCCUCACCCCGAGGCGGUGCCUGCAGCCCGGCUGGGGCAGGCCUGUUACAGUGACUCCGAAAUGACAGUGCAGCGCUUCGCCUCGGGGGAAGGUCAGGCCAAACUGCACAAAACCAUGUCUCAGGGAGAGAUUGGGAAGUUGGCAGCCACCCAGAAGAGCCUGGCUCCAGAUGGGAGGCCCCAUCGAGCCAAGAUGAGGUUCUGGGGGAAGGGAAAGCAGGGAGAGAAGAAGACCCCACGGGAGAAACUUGCUACCCAGUCUGAGCUGCUGGAGCUGUAUGCAGAGCAAGAAGGUCCUGGCAGGGAGGUGAUUUCUGGCUUGCAGCUUGGUGAAGAGUUGGGUCCUCACCACCUGACCCCUCCACGGAGUCCUGAGCUGUCUGGGAUCUACCGACGAGAGUUCAAGGAGAACAAGGAACCCUCUCCCAAAGUGAAACGCAAGCGCAGUGUCAAGAUCAGCAAUGUGGCUCUGGAGCCUGUGCAGUGGCAGAAUGACUCCCUGCAGAUCCUAACCAGUGCUAGUGACUUGAAGAGCAUGGAUGAGUUUCUCCUGAAAAAGAUGAAUGAACUGGAUAACGAGGACAGCAAGAAGGACACGCUGGUGGAUGUCGUGUUCAAGAAAGCAUUGAAGGAAUUCCGACAAAACAUCUUCAGCUUUUACUCCUCAGCAUUGGCAGUGGAUGAUGGGAAAAGCAUCCGCUACAAGGACCUCUACGCCUUAUUCGAGCAGAUUCUGGAGAAGACCAUGAGGCUUGAGCAAAGGGACUGGAGUGAGUCUCCAGUUAAAGUCUGGGUCAAUACCUUCAAAGUCUUCCUGGAUGAAUAUAUGACAGAGUACAAACCCCUGGACUACACUGCGGGGAAGGUGCCAAAAACAGAACGAAAAAAGAGAAGAAAAAAGGAAGCAGAUAUGGUGGAAGAGCACAACGGUCACAUUUUCAAGGCGACGCAGUACAGCAUCCCCACCUACUGUGAAUAUUGUUCCUCCUUGAUCUGGAUCAUGGACAGGGCUUCUGUUUGUAAAUUAUGUAAAUAUGCUUGUCACAAGAAGUGCUGUCUUAAAACCACAACCAAGUGCUCCAAAAAGUAUGACCCCGAGCUCUCCUCCCGGCAGUUUGGUGUGGAGCUCUCCCGGCUGACCAGCGAGGAGCGAGCGGUGCCAGUGCUGGUGGAGAAGCUCAUCAACUACAUCGAAAUGCACGGGCUGUACACUGAGGGCAUCUACAGAAAAUCAGGGUCCACCAACAAGAUCAAGGAGCUGCGGCAAGGCCUGGAUACAGAUAUUGAUAAUGUGAAUUUGGAUGACUACAAUAUCCAUGUCAUCGCCAGCGUCUUCAAGCAAUGGCUCCGAGAUCUGCCCAACCCUCUCAUGACCUUUGAGCUCUAUGAGGAGUUUCUGCGGGCGAUGGGCCUCCAGGAGAGGAAGGAGACAGUGCGGGGCGUGUAUUCGGUCAUUGAUCAGCUCUCCCGCACCCAUCUCAGCACCUUGGAGCGUCUCAUCUUCCACCUGGUGAGGAUUGCCCUCCAGGAGGAGACGAAUCGCAUGUCAGCUAACGCCUUGGCCAUCGUCUUUGCGCCCUGUAUCCUCCGCUGCCCUGACACGACCGACCCACUGCAGAGCGUCCAGGACAUCAGUAAAACCACCACUUGCGUAGAAUUAAUCGUCAUCGAGCAGAUGAACAAGUACAAGGCUCGUCUCAAGGACAUCAGCAGCCUGGAGUUUGCAGAGAACAAAGCCAAGAGUCGCCUCUCCUUGAUCCGCAGAUCCAUGGGCAAAGGACGAGUGCGACGUGGCGCCUACCCCAGCCCGACAUCUCCUGUCACGGGACGCUUGCCCUCGGUGACCGACGUCCCCGAGGAGACCAUGAGUAGUGAGGAGGCCAUGGAGAUGGAGGUGACAGAGCAGCAGCAAGUGGCCAUGCAGCAGGAGGAGAAGGUGCUGACUGAGCAGAUCGAGAGCCUACAGAAGGAAAAGGAGGAGCUGACAUUCGAGAUGCUGACACUGGAGCCUCGUGCCUCUGACGACGAAACCCUUGAGUCCGAAGCCUCCAUCGGCACCGCCGACAGCUCCGAAAAUCUGAACUUUGACUCCGAAGGAGCCAUCUCCGAUCGCUCGGAGAGAAGCGUAGCACUUACCUCCCUGCGCCCUGCCAAGGCGGAGGGGCCGAGCCGGCUGCGAAGGCACCCCAGGAUGCGGCCGGAGCCGGCAGACCCAACCGAUGCCUCAAUCUCCUCUUCCUCUUCCUCCCAAUCGUCCACCUCCUGCUUGCCCCACCUGCCCCGGAAGCGCUUCCAGAUGUACUCCAAAUCGCCUUUCUACCGGGCAGGAGGACACAGCGAGUCCCCCGAGACGCGGGCAAGCCCCGAGGGCUCAGCGGGACCUCUCCGUCACCCCGAGGACAGGCCUCAGUUCACCACCCGCGGGACGUUCAACCCGGAGAAAGGCAAACAGAAACUGAAGAGUGUGAAAACUUCCCCCCCAAAAGCCAAAGAGCCCCCAGACGGGGGGACGGGAGGGGGACGCAAGAGGAACCCCGAGGCUGACUGUGCCACCACCCAACCCCUCGUCCUCCUGGGGAGCAACGAGUUCAUGGUCUGA